GAAGGCGUCAAUUCUCUACAUUUUGUUCCAAUUGGUCAAGUGUGUGUUAACAUAAGAGCGGCUGGGGCUCAGGGGGUAGAGCGGGUCGUCUACCAACCACAUGCUUAAUCCCCGGCUCCCUCAGUCAGUAUGCUGAAGUGUCCCUGGGCAGGAAGCUGAACUCCAAAUUGUCUGGUUGUGCCAGCAGUAUGUGAAUGGUGUGCACUGAAAAAGAAUGUGAAUGGGUGGAUGUGAUUUGUAUUGUAAAGCACCUUCAUUUGUCGAUCGGACCGAUGUAAAUACAGUUAAUUUACCAUAAGUAUAAUCAACAACAUACUGGUACAUAGUCCAGUGCCAGUGUUAAUGAGUUGAACAAUAAAGUGAAGUCAAGGCUUUCCUCAGUGUCACAGGCGGUCAGCAGGCUGGCCAAAGAUAGUUAACAGGAAAACAACACGGUAAAAGUUGUAAAACACUGAUGUGCAUUUCAGACUGUCCGAUCCCACUCCCACUGAAUUCCAUGGAGGGAACGUCAAGAGCAUCUGUGAAAUAUCCAUUGUCUCUGUGAAUGUGUGGUUUUAGGAUUCCCUGCUCUCUGCUGAAACAGAAUUGUGGAUGAGAACGUAGAGCUUUGCAGAUCCUUGCCCGCUCUCUGUGCAGUUUGUGGUAUAGAUCCAGAAGAAGUAAGACUCGUUAGUGUAUUUGUUGUCAUUGGAUAUUACAUCACAUUAUAUUAUUUUCAGUUGAUAAUACUUCUACUUCACAGCUGGAGGGAAAGGAUGUACUUGUAGUUGACUAAAUGUAUCUGACAGCUAUAGAUACUAUAAGUGGUUAAUAUAUUGCACCAUCAGCUUAUAACAUACAGAGCAAGGUAAGCAGCAUGUAAGUGUAGUAUAAUUAAUUGUUGUAACAAUGACUCCAUUUGCAUUUAAUACUAUAUGUGCAGAUGUUGCUGUUAGUUUUAUUUCAUUAACAUUUUAAGAGCAGGACUUUUAGCUGCAAGUAGUUUGUAUUUGAAUGUGCUGAUUUGCACAUCUGUUAUUGACCUGUCGUGAGAAGAAUAACUGCAAAUGACAAGUUCUGUGACAGUGAUGACAUGAGAGAUAAUGCAGACAAAUACUAAAAUAAUCAAAAAUACAGAAAAUGAAAACUGAACCAACUUAAUCAGGACACGAGACACCGCUCCAGCAACGCCUCAGCUUUCUACGUCCGUUUGCUGUGCACCCUGAAGGAGCCUCAGGGGAAAUACAAGGGGGUUAUUCAGUGAACAGAUCCAACCAGUGAAAGCUUUUGUUCUACAUCUUCUCCAGCCCCGCUGCUCUCUGGACACAAAAGAUUCCUUCUCUGCUCGCCCCCCCCCUCCUCCUCCCACAUGACCUUCAUGUUUUUCUGCAGGAGGUCAGGGAUAUAAAUCCUGUCUCUGGGGUCACCUCUGCUGUUUCACAUUCCAUCAGACUUCAGAGGGAUCCACACGACCAAAGCAAAGGAGCAACUUUGUAAAUAUGUUUUGCAUGUCGUGCUCAGAGUACCGUGUGAAUGACUGCUCUGUUGACAGGAAGCAGAGGAGAUGCUCUUUGUCCGUCGCCAGAGGCUCCAGUCAGUUGGAGGCUUCUCUCUGCUGCUGCUCCACUGUCUGGCCCAUGUCAAAGUUAAAGACAUGAGCUCCGACUCCAGUCCCGCCUUCCAGAGGCUUUUCUUCAAGGUUCUGCAGGCAUGCCUGGGGGAGCUGUUUAAUGCCAGACUGUGGGGUAUGUGCCCCUCAGGAAAGGAAGCCAAUUUGGGUGCGGGGUAUCAACACCAGCAGGCCCCUUCAGGAGACUCCCAUGGGACUCUGUCCAACUUUCACGCUGCCUCCCUCCUUCACAGGCUUCACAAACCAAACCCAGGACUGCUCUCUGAAGAUAGAAGGCAGAGGGAGACAUCGCUGCUCUCGCAUCUCGAGGGUCUUUUGAGAGAGAGGAGCUCAGAGGCCCGAGAGAAAGAAGAGAAAGAGCAGAUUGGAGGAAAACAUGUAGCGAACCCCAACUAAAGAAACCCAGUGUGGUUUAGAAGUGGCAAACAGGAUUGCACUUCUGAAGUUGGGAGUUGAACAUCUGAGAUAACCUCAGAAGAAAGACUGGAGCCUUGGGCCGAUUUAUCGUGCAAAGGCAGAUAAAGAGAGAGAGCGUUUAAUCAAUGACAGCAUUGUGCUGCAAGUGUAUGUCAUCCUCUGAGGCAUGGCACUGUGGCAUCUACAGCACUCAGAGUCUGGAAACAGAAAAUCCCAUCUGUGAGUCAUUGGACCGAAAUAACUCGAAGCGUCCAGUCCUCCCUUCAAUCAACACCUUCUGCACUGUAUAGGCUUUAUUAUCAGUUGUCAUGCACAAUGAAGUCUAGUAAUUAUUCUGACACAAUGCAUUAACAGCAUCAGGAGACUCCCUUUUAAAGCAAUUAUCUAUUUCUGGUCACAUCUAGAGGUGGUCUUUUCUCUGAUGCUUUAAUGUUUGAGUGCUCAUCACAGUCCUUAUCGUUGUUAGGACUGUCCUCUCUGUGCACGUUUCUGGCUGCGAUCCUCUUCACGAUUGAGUUCUUGGUGUCGGAAAACUCCUGUCUGCUAUAUAAAUUAUAAAAAAUUUCAAAAACCUGCCACUGUGGAAAGUGUGACAUGUAAGCACAGUAAUCGUUCACUUGAUAGAGACUCAAAAUAACUUAGAACAGCAAGUGAGGAAACAAGUGUUUCCAUGGACGGGCUUUCAUCUUUAUGACCUUUGUGUGAAUGGGAGAAGAAACAGUUUUAUUGUCUGUGCUGGUUGUUGACUGGAAUGUAGCUGGGGCUCUGGAAUGAGGUCAAUGCCCCAAUUCCUCUUGGGGACAGUCAAUGGGGCCCAGUCUGGCAAAGUGAACGAAACACCAGAUAUAUUAAAUAAUAGCCUACUGCAUCAGAGAGUUGGAUCCUUACAUAUAAUAUCAGAACUGUUCUAAUCAUUGGAAUUAUGUAGGAUGAAGGAUAUAAGACCACUGAGUGUCCGAUUUAAAAGAAAAUGUCAAAAAGGUCAAUUGUAACUAUGCAGCAUGUAGGAAUAUUCACAUGCAGAAAAACAUAUAUUCCUAGAUUACUUACCUGACCUGUUACUUCUCCAACAUAUUGCUAACAUACAGCAUUAGAGCCAAAUCUUUUACUUUUCAACUAAAUGUAGAGAAUUUGCCCUGCAUGUCCCCAAAGUCGAUGCAGCAAAAACCUCUGAUAGGCACUAACAGCUGGCAGCCAUAUUUGGGAGGCCUGCGUGUCACACCAUGGAAGCUUUUUCAAAUUUGGUUGGAAUACAGGACCCUGCUGCAGCUGUACUGCAGCUCUACGUGGGCUUGUGUCUCAGCUCACGCCUCCACAACAACGCCAUUAGUUGUUUCAUGUUGACAGCCGUUAAUUUGUGUGAAAAUACCACUUCACAUUCAAGAACACCUUCUGUCAUCACGUUGUAUUCUCAACAGACCCAGAAGUUACGGUGUUUGCAAAGUUGCACUGGUUACUAAAUAUGCAAUUAUGAUCUACUUGUUGUGCGUGUGUCAGCUUUCCAAAACUGUUUGAAAUGAUAAACAACCCAAAUGCAUCAAAUUGACCUGUUCUUUGUUCUUUUGAUGUUAAUGGCUUAAUUCAUUAAAGGUGCAUUAUGAACAAAUAAAUAGUUACAUCUGUUAUUUAAUAUUCAAAUGCAGAAUCCAUUUUGCAAUGUGGAAAUUCUUCCUGUUUUCAUUACACUCACCUUAUAUAUGUAUUUCUUCAAUGUAGAAAAGUCACCUCUUACUCCUUUCUAAAGUUAUUGCAACACAUAAUGUUCAUCCGCUGUGAAUCAGGGAUUUGUUUGAGCUCGUCUGUGUGUCUUAUGUAUCAUUUACCACAGAGAGGCAGUGUUGAGCCAUAACUGAGACAGAAGUGAGGAGGGAGUUCAAACUGAUGGAGUCUCCUAAUAGCAAGAGAAACACCAAGGAGCAGAUUCUCUGAAGUGUGCAGGAGAUUUGAUCUUUCUGCACAUAUGUGGAAGCACAGUAAGGAUACACAGAAUGCAUCUGCAUAAAUAUGAGCCCCCUAAAAACAGUCUAAUAAAGAAAUAUCAGCCUGUAAAUGAUUCAUAAUCAUUUAUAAAAACAUUUAUUUGACACUUGAGGUGUUUUAGAAUAGAGGGAAAAAAUGGGACCACCUAAAUCCAGGGUGAGCAGUGCUAACUUCAAUUGCUUUAACGGAUAAAUCAAAACUCACACUUCACUUACGACAACAACGUUUUAAAAGAUUUAUUCUGAUUAUCUUUUGUUUGAAACAACAGUUUGAUUCCUUCAAGCUCAACAAAUACUUCGUGAUCAUCUUCUACGAAAUAUUCUUUCGCAGAGAGACAACCCCGCGAUGCUUCAGCUUUUCUUUACUGGAUUUACGAGCGGGCCCUGAAGGCAUCGCGUCACCAGGGCAACUGGACGACGCAAACGCGUGAUGCUAAACUCAGCGCUAGCUAACACGACGAAGAGCUAAUUAGCUUAUUUAAUAACAAAAAUAAGUUUGGAAGAACGACAACAAGAUGGAGAAAGUUGAGGACGUCGAGAGGUUUCUGAAGAAUGUUGACAAAAUAAGUGAGCUGGUGAAGGAACUUAAAUCUUCUGAUGCUGAAGUCCAGCAAAAGGCGAUGGAGGAAGCUGAUUGCUACAUUGCUGCCUUGGAUGAACCCUGCAGGACAAAAGUCAACAAGACUAAAAUCAACACAAACCCACCACUCCAGCCUUCCUUUGGUCUGCAGAAUGAAAGUCCAGGGAGUUUCAUGAAGCUCAUGGAGGAAGAUGUGGAAGACAGGAGAGUGGAGCGAAUUGCUAAACAGAAAUUAGCAACUGCACUCAAAGUCAAGGGGAAUGAAGCCUAUGCCGAAAAAGACUAUGAAAGUGCUGUGAAGUAUUACAGUGAUGGUGUGGCUGAGCUACGGGACAUGCAGCAGCUGUACACCAACCGAGCACAAGCAUACAUCAAGCUGGGAAUGUACAAGGAGGCCAUCAGUGACUGUGAAUGGGCUCUGAAGGUAAGGCCUGUGCCAGGACCUUGGUGUAACGGGAGGUGCAUUAAGGCUUUUGUGCACAUGGGCAGAGCAUAUCUGGAACUGAAGAAUUAUAAUAAAUCAAGACACUGCUUUGAAAAGAUAGUGGAAAUUGAACAUGGAAUGGAGAAGAUGGUAAAAGAAUACCUGAGUCAGGUAGAUUUGGAAGAGAAGAGAGAGACUCGGGAAAUGAAUGCAAAGCUAGAGUUUGACAAGGGAGAGGGGAAGGGGACAACCGUGCCUCAGUUGCUGGAGAAUCUGUCAAGGCCCGACCAGACUCUCCUCUUCUACUGCGGAGGAUUGGAGAUUCUGUUGCGAGCAGUUACUGACUGUACCGGCCAGACCCUUUUCAGACUGAACAAUGGCUUUAGUAUCAUCGGCAGCAAUGACUUAGUGAGGAGUUGCCUGUUGCAGAAAACAGUGGAUGCACACAGUCGGGACUUAUGUGUGUCUGUUCUAAAAUUGUGGAGGGCUCUUUGUCGUGGAAAUGAUGAAAACCAGAAGAUUUUGAUGAUGUGCCCAGUCACAAAACAGGCCACUGUUCACUUGUUAACAUCAGAGCAUGUUGCAGUGCAGAAAGAGUGUCUGGCAUUACUGUGUUUGUACUCACACUUGCCACAUGGCAGACGCUUGGCUAUGGACAGCCUGAAUAUGCACAUGUUGGUGAGGAACCUUGUGGCAUGUAUCUUUCUGCCCAAGCAGCAGCUGGAGAACUCAGCGGUCAACAUUCUGGAGAACUUUGCAGCAGAAAACAAAUUUCAAAUUCAGUUAAGGAAUACGUUGACCGAGUCUGUCAUUGUGCCAUUUACAUCAAUACUGAGAAGUAUCAACAAGACCAAUCGUAAGAUCCUUCCACCGCUGCUGUCGGCCAUUGGCUCUCUGGCUCGGGAUGCCGUCAUCCAUCACAAGCUUGCUCAUGAUCCAGAGUGUUGGGACGCCUUUCCGGUUGCCAUUAGGCAGUGCAGUGCAUGUGAAUACAAAGAGAUCCUUUACCCCAUGCUUGGAUUGAUCAUCAACCUCUCAACUACACCUUCUCCGGUCAUACAGGAGCAUGCUGUUUCACUGUGUGACUGCUGUCAAGGCCUGCUCACCAACACUGACGGGGGAGUUAUCACAAGAGCCACAGGUGUGCUGAGCACUGUCCUCCCCCAGUCCUCUGAGGCUGUGCAGCUUGUUAUCCAGAGGGGUGUUGUUCGGACCAUGUGUCAGCUGCUAAAGGGAGCAGAGCAGGAUGCCACCAGAUAUGCCAUUAAGACCCUGACAGUUUGCACUGCUGGCAGUCAUUUGGCCCGAGAGGAGCUGCUGAAGUCUGAUAAAAAACUGGCAGUCUUACGUCAUCUGCUGGGCUCCAGCUGUCAUGAGUUGGUGUUAGGAAACGCAGCCCUCUGUUUGGCCAACUGCCUUCAGUUGGAGGGAACUGCCAGCAAUCUGCUGGGCACUGAUAUUGUGCGGCUGCUGCUACGCCAUGCUGCAGGGGAUGCAAAGAAGACGGCUGUGCAGCUAAAUGCAGCGAUUGCUCUGGCGACACUGUGUCGAUCUGAGCCCAGACAUACGGAAAAGGUUCGAGAACUACACGGCUUUGAGGUUCUGCACUCCUGUAUGAAGCUCAUCAACUCAUGACAAGCACAUGUUUUACAUUCAUUCAUGUCUUGUUCUCUUCAAACAGUAACAAAAUAAAAAACAAGAACACCAUUGGAGUCCAAACAGGCAUUUAAACCUGAAUUAUGUCUUUUUUAAGUAGAGUUUUUUAAGAAAGCUAAGCCUGUUGCAAGAAUGAUCCAAUAUUUACUUAAUGUAGACAAGACAGUGCUAUUACUUGCUUAACACAUAUAAACAAGAUUAAACAUGAGCAAUGCUCUUAGCUGUCCUUGUUUUUUAAGCCCCUGAGAAUUAACAGUUAAUUAUCACAAAUACAGUCACUUACAUUAAAACUAUAUCAAAAGCUUAUAUCAAAAGUCCAAAAUGGGUCCUAAAUUCUGAAGUAGAAAUAAGGCAGAAGUUACUGCUUUAAUCAAUAAGAACACACUCUGCAGAGUUCACUUGUACAGUGGUACAUGAACUGUAAUUGUUGGAUUGUAACACUGAUAUUGAUCCAGCAGAUUCACACACUGAUGGGAUUUGAACGUAGACGUGGAUCAGAGAGAUGUGCGGUUGAGGCUAAGCAUAGAAGUAGAAACCUGGCACUUAAUCGUUAAAGGUCUCUUAUUUACCAUAAUUACUCAGUAUUGCCUGCCCGCUGCCCAACACCCGGUUUUACUGGUGGUCUCAUCAUCUGCAAAGUCAAAAACAUUUUAAAAAGUAAUUCCAGUGCUUU